AUAGUCCCGGACGGACAUCCGCUUUGUGUUGCGGUGAGCUCGACAAGCUGCUGCUGACUCUGCUGCAUCGACCUUGGCUAGUUGAAGAUGGCAGGGACGGCGUGGAGGUCAGCGAUUCUUAACCUACUAAAACAGUGGGGUUUGUCGCUCAAUGGCAAGGAUAAAAUCAAGGCUCAGGAAGUGUCACGUGUGGUUGGAGCUUUGAAGAAAGAGACCCCACAACCCAGGACGUUCACGUGUGGAAUUCAAACUGUUACUUUAAUCCCUGGGGAUGGAAUUGGUCCGGAGAUCUCCACUGCUGUCAUGAAGAUAUUUGAAGUAGCUGAAGCACCUAUUCAGUGGGAGGAGAGAAAUGUUACAGCCAUCCAAGGACCUGGUGGCAAGUGGAUGAUCCCUCCUGAUGCCAAAGAAUCGAUGGACAGGAACAAAAUUGGCCUAAAAGGUCCUUUGAAGACGCCAAUAGCUGCUGGCCAUCCCUCUAUGAACCUCCUGCUGAGGAAAACCUUUGACCUCUAUGCCAAUGUGCGCCCCUGUGUGUCCAUUGAGGGCUACAAGACCCCCUACACGGAUGUGAACCUGGUCACCAUCAGGGAGAACACUGAGGGAGAAUACAGUGGGAUUGAACAUGUGAUUGUUGAUGGGGUUGUUCAGAGUAUUAAGCUCAUUACAGAGCAAGCCAGCCAACGCAUCGCAGAGUAUGCUUUUGAAUAUGCCAAAAAUAAUCAGAGGGCCACUGUUACUGCUGUUCAUAAGGCCAAUAUUAUGCGCAUGUCUGAUGGCCUUUUCCUACGAAAAUGCAGAGAGGCUGCUGAAAAGCACAAAGAUGUGAAAUUCAAUGAGAUGUACUUGGAUACUGUUUGCCUUAAUAUGGUACAGAAUCCUACAGAGUUUGAUGUAUUAGUGAUGCCGAAUUUGUACGGAGACAUCUUGAGUGAUCUUUGUGCUGGACUAAUUGGAGGUCUCGGAGUGACUCCUAGUGGAAACAUUGGCGCUAAUGGUGUUGCCAUAUUUGAGUCGGUUCAUGGAACUGCCCCAGACAUAGCAGGGAAAGACAUGGCCAACCCCACCGCCUUGCUGCUCAGUGCGGUCAUGAUGCUGCGGCACAUGGACCUGCAUGGCCACGCCAAGAAGAUUGAGACUGCCUGCUUUGACGUCAUUCGAGACAAAAAGGUUCUAACCAAAGACCUGGGAGGAAACUCCAAGUGCUCAGAAUUCACAGAAGCAAUAUGUCAACGAGUGAGGGAUCUGGUUUAAUAAGACCACAAGUUAUGUGUUAGGGUCACUUUGUUUCAUGUCAAGUUGUAUCUGCACAUACUGCACAUUUUAAUCCAUGAUAUGUAUUUAAAAAAAAAAAAACACUCUGGGAUUAGACAUUCCAAAUGUUUCAUUAUUCUUGUUGCACUAUCUCUUGAGCAUCAGUUACUGUAUAUGUGAUAUGCAUUUUAUUCCUGAACUGUUUUAUCUGUGGUGGAUAUUGUCUAUUUAUUGGCUACAUUUCAACUAUUGUCUUAUGUAAUUAACACUGCUAUUUUAACACAAAAGAUGUAAUCUGUAACCUCCAUGAACACUUGAGAAACACUCAAAAUGUCAACAAGUCAAACCCUUAAAUUUUGUUCUUGGAUAUAUUUCACAGUCAUUUAUGAAAUUAAAGCUUUAAUGAUUUAAACAUAGUAAGUUAACGGUUAUAGUAAUCUCUAUUGUGAAACUGUUCUUCUUGCUGCAACUAUAAUGAAUGUAUAAAGAAAAAAUAUUACAAUGA